AUGGGGGGCGGCGGCCAGGGAGCGGCCUUCUCCAUCGACUCCCUGAUCGGACACUCCCCGCCGGCGCCGCGCUCCGGGCCGCUCCUCUACACGGGCUACCCGAUGUUCAUGCCCUACCGGCCGCUGGUCCUCCCUCAGGGACCGCUCCAGGCGGCGGCGGCGGCUGCGGCGGCGGCGGCGGCCGGUCUCCCGCCCUUGGCCCCUUUGGCCUCCUUCGCCGGGCGCCUCUCCAACUCCUUCUGCGCCAGCCUCGGGCAGGCCGUCCCCUCCAUGGUCGCGCUCACCGCCGCCGCCCUGCCCA